UCCUAACCAUACUUUUACGUAAACGUCAAAAUGUUUUGAAAUUCGAAUAUUUCUUAAAUGAUAAAGUUAUCUUAUAAAUUGAAUAAUAUGCCUACAUGUAGAUUUAUUGAUUGAUGAGAAAUAUUUUGAAAUAUCCAAUGUAAUGCCGCUCCGAGGUACGCCUGUUUGUCUCAAAUGCAAAGCAACCGAGUCUCCUUUAUGGACGAAUGCUGAAAAUUUGGGAGCUAUAUGCUUAAAUUGUGUGAACGAAACUAAAGAAAGCAUUAAAACAGAAGAAGAAGGAUCCUCGACCGAUGUCAAACCAUCUAAACAGAAAACUCGAUCAACUAGGUCUACAAGAUUAAAUCCAUUUGCUCUCCCUAAGCUUGGUGCACCUAGAGGUAGAGGAAGACGUUCUCUGUUUAAAAGAACUCCAUUGAAAGCUCCACAGGCUGUUGCAACGCCUGUAACAAGUGACUCUGUAUUUUGCGAGGGGUUUUAUUAUCAAGUUGGUGAUAUCGUUAGAUUGAUCGGAGAAGAUGAUGGUGACUAUUACUAUGCCCAGAUAAGGGGAUUAUUAACCGAUCAGUAUUGUGAAAAGAGUGCAGUCAUAACUUGGUUGCUUCCUACUAAAGAAAGUCCGCCACCAAAUGAACGUUUUGAUGCUGCAACAUAUAUUAUAGGACCAGAGGAAGAACUACCAAGAAGCCUAAGAUGUAUGGAAUUCAUAAUGCAUGCACCUUCAGAUUACUAUAAAUCAUCGACAACCCCUUAUCCUAGCAUAAGUGCCCCUGCUGUGCCAGGUUAUAUAUGGACUUCUUUGAAAUCUAUUCAGACUGCUAGUGCUGCUGCUGUAGGACGAUGAUUUCUAUUGGCCAUGUUGAGAUUACAAUGAAAUUGUUAGACUGCAGUUGAGCUAUUUGUUGUGUUAUCCAUCCAAUUGCAUUUUUGGGGAUAUGCAUUUUUGAUGGAUAUUUCAAAUUUCUUUAAUUUAUUAUGAAUGUUUAUAUGUGAAAUGUCUUGUUAUUUCUCAUUCAGUUGAAAUAAAUGAAUAUG